AGGACAUGCUCCUCAAAGUAUGGUUUCAAGUGGAAAAAAUUGUUAUAUUUUGGCAACACCCCAACGGGGGAGAAGAGGAGGAGACGCAAUGGCGAGACACAAACGCAGUGGGGGAAGAAAGAAAUGCCGAUUGCCGAGAACGCCGUUGCCACUGAAGAUUCUGAGACCAGAGGAAGAAGAUGACCCACAGCCACAAAGCCGUAACAAAAUGGCCAUGCAAAUUGAGUCUUCCACCUUCAAGCUUCCCCGCGAUUGGGUCGUCAGGAAGGUGCGUCGUGCCUCCGGCAAGUCCUGCGGCCUAAUCGACAAGUAUUACUAUGAACCAGAAACUGGACGGCAAUUCCGUUCUCUCAAAUCCAUUCAGAAAUACCUAACAGAAAAAAUGGAAAAUACACCCAAGAUUUUAGGACCAGACAAAGAAGAAGAAGAAGAACAACCUCAUCAAAAAAUGGCCAUGCAGAUUAUGGACCCUAAUCUUGAACUCCCUGAUAAUUGGGUUUUUCAGAAGAGAUCCAGUAGUUCCGGCCAAAUCCACAAGUACUACUAUGAACCUGGGACUGGACGACAGUUCCGAUCCCUCAAAUCUGUUCAGAGACACCUAAUAGAAGCAAAUGAUUGUACACACAAGCCUUCACAAAAUUCUGAUGCUUCGAAGAAAAACAAUUCUAGCACGAAGGUGAAAACUUCAACUUCCCAUUUUAUCAAACCACCAAAAAAAGUUAAUUGGGUUCUUACUGGUCCUGGGGGAGAUGUAUGGAGCCCUUACAUAAAUGCAUCAGCUGUUCCAGAAUCUAUAAAGCAGACAUGGGCUAAAAUAUUUAUGUUACAUGUCAACGAAAAAUUUUAGCUGCACCAACUUUCAAAGCUAACGACUACCAUGGAAUGGAUCGAGGGUAGAAUUUGCAGGUUUUGAAGGUCAAUUGAGUUUGGAUGGGGGGGAGGUCCAGGAGUGUGCAGUGAUUUUGUAUAUAGUGGUAGGUUUGCUAAUCAACAUUCUGCAACAUUACAGAAUGGAUCAUCUUUUAUUUUGCUGGUAGUGACUUCUUGCAGUUGUGAACAAUAAGAAAUGGAUUUUCUGAUAA